CUUAUUUGACUUUUUCUUGAACCAGAGCUAAUUGGAGUCACAAUUCAUUUUCAUCGCUUGAAAGCACCCUUUUCGUUAAAGUGUAGUUUUCAGUAUGAAAAAAUCAAGCUGUUCUUAUACAGUUUUGUGCUUCAGGAGCCAGGUUGGUGGGUGACUAUUUUUCUCAUAUCUUUUCUUCGGUGCAAGGAAGUUGUGAUGCUGUUUUUGAGUGUGUUAAUCGACCGCUGAAUGAGCAUCAUAAUGAGCAGCUCCUUCGGCCUAUGAGAAGUGAAGAGGUCAAGGAGGCUGUUUUUGCUAUGUACCCGGACAAGUCACCGGGCCCGGAUGGUAUGAGCCCGGGGUUCUUCCAACAUUUUUGGGAUGUGAUUGGCCCGGAUGUUGUAAGCUUUUGCAGAUAUGCCUUUGAGUCAGGAUCGCUUCCCGAGAGAGUUAAUCACACCCACAUUGUACUUAUUCCUAAAAAAGAGCAUCCCAAGGUAAUAGGUGAUUGGAGGCCUAUAUCCUUAUGUAAUGUUGUUUACAAGAUAUUUUCCAAAAUGUUAGCAAAUCGGAUGAAGAGUCUUUUAUAUGGGUGUAUCUCGGAGCAGCAGAGCGUGUUCAUCCCCGACAGGUCCAAUGUACAUAACAUCAUGUUGGCCUUUGAGUCCCAACAUUAUUUAAAACGGAAGAGACAAGGAAAGGUGGGUUACGCGACUUUAAAACUGGACAUGAGCAAGGCAUAUGAUCGGGUGGAGUGGCCUUAUUUGGAAGGAAUGUUGAGGCACCUGGGUUUUAAUGAGAGGUGGGUACGGUGCGAUUACUGAUGGAAUGUGUGACUACAGUUACAUACUUCAUUCCCUUUGAUGAUACAGAGAUUGGACCCAUUUAUCCUACCAGGGGGUUACGUUAGGGGGGGCCUUUGUCACCUUACUUAUUCCUCUUGGUGGCCAAGGGGCUAAUUGUGUUGCUCCAGAGACAGGAGAUUUUAGGUCGUAUCCGUGGUGUAGCAGUGGCAAGAGGGGCUCCGAGGAUUUCUCACCUUCUUUUCGCGGACGACAGUCUGCUUUUUUUUUUUUCUUUUUUCAAGCCAGUCAUGAUGAGUUCUC